UAUAACGAAGUCGUUUCCUUCCGUGAAACUUUACGUGCGGCCUGAGAAAUGAAUAAGAUUUCAACAAAAAAUGUGCAUAAAUGUGAUCUACAAUGGAACAAGCCGUUUGCAGACGACAAUAUUGAGUGUCUAAUUUAGACAUCUGAGUCGCACCGAGGACCACAUUAACUAUGGGAGGUUAUAAUUUUGAAAGUGACGAACGAUGGAAAGGGCUUUUUCUUGCAGCUCUACGCAAGGUCCAGCGAGAGGUGCAUCCCUCCCUCAUCGUAGAGGAGGCAGCCCUAGAGUACAUCGAGUCCCUGAUCGUUAGACUACUGUCCAUGCUCGUUGCUGGUCAACCCCACACUGUCCUGGACGUCGAGGAGCGAGUCCAAAGGGCUUUCCCUCAUCCCAUAGACCAGUGGGCUAUCAGUGACGCCCGUAGUGCCCUGGAGAAAGGAAAGAAGAAGGCCCCUCUCGUACUGCCUGUUGAUAAGAUUCAUCCUCUUUUAAAGGAAGGCUUGGGGUAUCGUAUUGACAGUCAAGUUUCCCUCUAUCUGGUGGCCGUAAUGGAAUACAUAGCUGCUGAUAUCCUCAAGUUGGCAGGUAACUAUGUGAAGAAUAUUCGCCACAUGGAAAUCUGCUGCCAGGACAUCAAAGUGGCUAUGUGUGCAGACAAGGUUUUGAUGGAGAUGUUUCACCAGGACAACGACGAGGUCUCGAGGACCAUGGCCCUCGAGGACACGGAGGAGUUGGACGACCGCACCGGCACGCUUAAAUACGAGGAGGUGGUCAAGGACAUGAUACUGGAGGAGACACAGUACAUUCGGGAUCUGAAUCUCAUCAUCAAGGUUUUCAGACGGCUGUUUACUAAUGAGCCCAAUCUAUUCACGGAACAGGAAGUGGAGGCCAUCUUUGCUAACAUGCUGGACAUCCACAGCAUCUCAGUAUCUUUCUUGAGUCAGUUAGAGGACGCAAUGGAGAUGAUGAACGAUAAUAGCUCCUACACUGCCAUUGGGGAAUGCUUUGAAGAAAUUGCAGAGGGUGAGGAGUUUGAGCCGUACAUCCCAUAUGCAAACCAAAUCCUGAACAAAGAUUGUAGAAGUACUCUUAAUAGGCUACUAGCAAGACCAGAGGUUGUGCGAUACUUACAGUUCAAGGAUAACUUCAGGGAUGCAGUUGCCUAUGUCCUGCCUAAACUACUACUAGAACCUGUCUACCAUUGCAUACAUUACUUUGACGUCCUAAAGUUAUUAUUGAAAACUUCCCCUAAUGAAGAAGACAAAGAAAGCUUGAGACAGGCCUCGGGUGCAUUAAAGACACUACAGACAGACCUAGAGAGGAUUUGUACCACAGGAAACUUAUCCAAACGCAAAGCUGGCGAGACGUUGAGGUUCCACAGACGAGUAGCAUCGCGGCAGUUCAGCAUGCAGAGGAUGAACGAUAUACAGAAGAACAUUGAAGGAUGGGAGGGACGGGACAUCAGUCAGGUGUGCAAUGAGUUCAUCAUGGAGGGCAACCUGGGCAAGGUGCAUGCUGGAAAGAACAAAAAGGCUAACACAGAGCGUCAUAUAUUCCUGUUUGAUCUGAUGAUCGUAUGCUGCAAGCAGAAUGCACGCAAGUCGGUUACCAGCAGCUCCCCGGAGUACCGGUACAAAGAGCGUUAUGCACUCGGCAAGAUAAGCUUAAUAGACAAGGAGAAUACUGAUGAUUUCAAGUUUGGGUUUGAAAUCAAGUUAAAGGAUCAACAUCCGGCUAUAAUCUUCUUUGCUAAGAACCAGGAGGAGAAAACCAAUUGGAUGGAGGCACUCACAACGUUAUGUCUAAGAAGUACUAUUGAAAGAAUGUUAGAUAAUAUAUUAACUGAAGAAGAAGCGCAGCAACCGCUUAGACUACCCACGCCAGAAGAAUACAAAUUUGCAGAGGAAGACUCACCGGACAACAUCGUCUUUGAGGAAGGGCAGAAGUCCCGCGCCGGGGUACCGCUCAUCAAGGGUGGUACCCUCCUCAAGCUGAUUGAGAGACUGACAUACCACAAGUAUGCCGACCCAUCGUUUGUCAGGACGUUCCUGACGACAUACAGGUCAUUCUGCAAACCUCAGGAACUACUGUCUCUGCUCAUCGAUAGAUUUGAGAUUCAAGACCCACCACCUACUGAGGAGGAUCGCAUUGCUAUGGACAGAGGAGCUACUGUAGUACGAGAGGAUCUAAAAAGGUUCCGUAAGGAAUAUGCCCAACCCAUACAACUAAGAGUACUGAAUGUAUUAAGACACUGGGUUGAUCGUCAUUUCUAUGAUUUUGAGCGGAGCACAGAGCUACUACCAAGGCUGAUGGAGUUUAUAGAUCAAGUCAGGGGAAAGGCCAUGAGGAAGUGGGCAGAGUCUAUCAAGAAAAUUGUACAAAGAAGGCAAGAAGCAGAUCAGCUGAUCCGAGAGAUCACAUUUGAGAAGGAUCCUCCGACCCUAGAGACGCACAUUGCAAAGUUUGCCUUGGAGUACGACUUAAUGACAUUGCAUCCAAUAGAGAUUGCUCGUCAGCUGACCAUCCUAGAAGCAGAUUUGUUCCGAGCUGUUCAGCCAUCUGAACUGGUCGGUACGGUGUGGACAAAGAAGGAUAAGAAUAUAACAUCGCCCAACUUACUAAAAAUGAUUCACCAUUCUAACAUGCUGAUUUUAUGGUUGGAGAAAUGCAUCGUUGAGGCUGAGAACUUUGAGGAACGGAUAGCUGUACUCACAAGAGUGAUUGAGAUAAUGAUGGUAUUUCAAGAAUUGAAUAACUUCAAUGGCGUCUUGGAGGUAGUUAGUGCACUUAACUCAUCUGCUAUUUACAGACUAGAACACACAUUCAGGGAAUUAUCUCCAAGGAAGAAGCAAGCAUUGGAGGAGGCAAAGGAGCUCUCUGGUGAUCAUUACAAGAGGUACACCGAGAAGCUUCGCUCCAUCAACCCGCCAUGUGUACCCUUUGUAGGUAUGUACCUCUCCAACAUCCUCUUCACUGAGCAGGGUAACCCUGACUUCUUGCAAUCCUCCGUCGAGGGUUUGAUCAACUUCAGCAAGAGGAGGAAAGUAGCGGAGAUUACUGGAGAGAUUCAGCAAUACCAGAACCAGCCGUAUUGCCUGAGGGGCAACCCAGAAAUGAGGAAAUUCUUUGAGGCUCUUGAUCCGAUGGGGAGUAUGUGCGAGAAAGACUUCAACGAUUAUUUGUAUGAGAAGUCUCUUGAGAUAGAGCCAAGGAACUCCAAACAGCCACCAAAGUUUCCUAAGAAGUUUGAGUAUUCCUUAAAGUCCCCUGGCCUGAAGCCCACUGCUGGUCGCCACAUGUCAAUAGCUGGUACCCUGAGAGGCCAAACGUCAGGAUCCAAUAUGGAGCUACGGACAUCCCUAUCCUCGAGAACGACAGACGAGGAGUCGAUUACAUCCCCAAAAGCAAUGAGUGGCGGCCCGCCGUCGCCUCGAACACCGACCACUCCUUCCAAUAGCAAUGUGUUCUGUGAAAACAGCGUCUUUGCAGCUGUAGAGAUAGGUUGCAGUGGGCACGCAGGAGCAGCCUCAGGAGAGGAAAGUCCCCCACCAAUCCCUCCAAGAAUGAGGAUAGGGAGUAACUCGCCAACGAGACCCAUGGAAUCACCCGAACCGCCCCUCCUCCCGCCCAAAUCCUACAAGCCGCCCCUGCCCCCUCGUCGGAACUCCACCCACCAUCCACCCGGGUACCUGUCAUCACAGCACGGUGCACCACCAACUCAUUAUCCCGGAGCAUCAACUCAGCCCUUCUCAUCAUCAUCGCACCAACCCCAGCAUGGAGUGAAUGGGAGCAGCCCGGCUGUACCCCCUAGGGUUUAUCGCAAGAGUCCGUCCUUCUCUCACGACCUGCAUAUACGGCGGACGGCAUCGGUCAGCAGCCCGCUUUCAGGAACGUUACAUCGUCGGGAGGUUCCAUCCCCAGUGCCACACCCUACACAGUUUGACUCUCCGUGGGUCGCCAAACCCAAGGGACCCUUGACCCCAACCCUCAAUCAGUCUUCACACUCCCAAUUUGCAAACUUCACAUGUUCUUCCAUGCCGUCAGAUCCAAUGCAACAGCAACCUGGGACACUGCCACCGCAGUUAGUACAGCAGCAGAAAGUCUACCCGCAGCAGCAGCAGCAGCAGCUACAACAGCACUCGUACUCGUACCAGCAGCAAACUGUCCAACAGCAACCACCGUUGCUGAAUAACCAACAAACUCUGGCGAAUCAGCCUUAUGGAGAACCACAGCACUCGCAGCCGUCUGUACCGCACAGACUACCCCUGGGGGCUCCCCCAGUGCCGUUAAGGCCCCAUGAGCAGCACACUUCCCAGUCCAAGGGCCACUCGGUUCCCACAGAACAGUUCUAAGAUUAUAUUAUGUGAAACAGUACAAUUAAAUUUAUGUUUUUAAGUUGAACUUAUUUAAUUCCAGUGGAAGUCAUGAGUAAUGCGAGUGAAAAAAAAUUACCACUGUUAAAAAUCAGUAUAAGUGUCAAAGGAUAACCCAAUUACAGUAGAACAGGAGGGUCGUUGAAACUUGACUUAUCAGAGAACUUCGCCCUGCCUUCAGAAUGGACAACUAAAAUGCUUUAAUCUGCAGAAAUCAUUGGACAAAUCAAUCAACUGAGCAUGUUUCUUGAGACAACACAAUGAUUUCUCAUUGGUCAGCAGUCGUCGGGAAAUCCAGAGAAAAAGGAUCCUUUGCUUCCAUUCUUUAGUAGUCGAGUUCAGCGUGUUCAUGUUGUUCUGCUGUGGGAUGCGUCAGUUGCAGCAUCGAAGUUCAAGCGGACUUGGAGUAUUGGGAAGUUUACCGAUGUCAAGUCGAGUGAGGGCGCCAGACUCUGCCUGAUAAGAUUAAUGCAACAUCUGCUUAGUUUUUGCACACUGAAUUAGUUUGCCACUCAGUGCCCCCCUCCCCCUUUGGGAUAUGAAUCUUAGCCCCCUCGGUUAACGACACUCUGGUUCUGUCCUCAAGCAGGAGGGGUCAGGCCUGGAAUUCUAUCUUCAAGAGGGCAAGGCCAUUUUCAUUUUGCAACAGGGCACUUCCAUGGCAAAGUCUGUGAAAGACUUUUAUGGGGCACCAAGGCCAGACCAAGGGGAACAGAGUCCAUGGCCUCCUUGGUCUUCAUUAAAUUCCAGGCCUAGUAGGAGGUAAAGUUAACAGAGCUUCAUGCAUUGUACAAUGUGUCACACCUGCUGUACUUAGUACACCAUCACUAAUUGAUAAAAGAAAGGAAGCCUCUUGCAGUAAAAGCAGUAUCAGAGAGAGGCAAAAACAAAAGUACUAUUUGUUCAUGAAAAAGUGUUUGUUUAAAAUGAAGAGUUAAUUUCAUUUGUUUUAAUGUCAGAAGAAGGUAUACAAUAUAUAUAUAUAUAUCAGACUGUGCAAUUGGACCGGACAUUUAAUCAAUUGAUUCAUGUACAAUUAUAAAAGCAAGAAACCAGUUUCCAAAUAAUGUUGUACAGAAAUAUACAAACGGAAAAAAAAACACCUCAUAAUAACUUGAGCAAAAUAUUUAUGUUAGUAGUUUAUAUUGAGAUGAAGGAUGAAUUGAAUUGGACUAGUAGUGAUGAGUUUUAAUGAAUGUUGGUUGUAAUCCAAGGGGAAGGUUUAAUAGUGUUUUUAUGCUCUUGAGCAUGGUACUGCCAACUAGGCCUGGGCGACUAUUGAAAUUUAUUUCUCGACUAGUCGCACCUCAAACAGUUGCGACUUUGACACUCGUUGCGACUAAUUUUUCAUUCCCAAUAUGCAUUGCAGCAUAUUGUUUGUCGCAGGCGCAAUAUAGUCACAACUUCAUACGCUGAAAGGAUUGAGGGACUUUGUCACUGAUGUCUGAUUGUGUUACAUAAGUAAAUUAUGUUGUUGUGAGUAGUCGUGAGCACAAAAAUUGGUUCACCAAGCAGGUAGUCGCGUCUACUUUUAUAGUAAUCGAGGCGGAAUGAUUAACCUAGUAGUUGAAAAGCGGUAGUCGCGACAACAACACUAGUCGCACUAGUCGCCCAGGCUUACUUCCAUUUAUGUUUUGAACCUUUGUUUAGUAUAGGACACAUGCUUAUUUGUCUUCCUGAGAGAAAGCGUUAACCUCUGGUUAAACAUGUAAUCUUGACCCACUGUCAAACUGCUUAGCAGAAAUUGUAUUUGCAAACUUAUUUACCUGGCAAAACAGUUGUCGGGCACCAGUUGUGAGGGAACCAGUAGCUGUAAGAUGAUGCCAAGCUUUUGAGAAGAGCUUACUUCUUAAAAGCUUGGCUACAUCUUAGGCUAUGACUUCGGCUCCAGCUUGCACUCCAUAACUAAUUUGAAAAGUUACACUUUCGUUACUGGGCUUCAAAGAUGUGCAACUGAAGACUGAGCCACAGGAUGGGGGACUUUUGGGGCAUGAGGGUUUGAAACAGACAGUGCCUUUGGCCUUUAGUCCUACUUUCCUUUAUUUCUCCUUUCCUUUCAGCGAUUUAUUAGCGUAUGGCAGAUCCCAUGUCACUGCAUGAUCAGGGCCCAAUUUCAUGGCUGUGCUUACCGUAAGCACAGAAUUGGCGCUUACGGAAGCAGGGAAUUCUGUG